AGGUCUCCCACCGACGAAGUAAAGUAACAAAUACAAAUAUAUAAUAUAUAUGUAUAUUUAAUAAAUACAAAUGUAUAAUAUGUAUGUAUAAAUUCCCUAGUCAUAUAGUCUUUAUAUUUCCACCACCUUCCUCAAAUCUUCCUCAGCUCAAAUGUUACACAUUUUCUUCCAUAAGAGGUGAGCAAGAUCUUGAUUUUUUAACAAAAAAAAAAAGAUUCAAUUUUUAUCAUUGUGUUGGUUUCAAUAUUAAUCAGAUCUGAUUUAAUUUUCAUGUUAUACAUAGAUCUUGAUAUAUAUUGAAUAUAUUGAAUGCCCUUUUGUUAAAGUACUUAUCUUUGUAUUAAGAAAACCCCCUUUUGGCCAUUCAUUUAGAUCUGAUCAAGAAAGGUGUAAAAAUGGUGUCUUUUGAUAAAUUCAAGAUUUGGGUUUUGUGUAUCUGUUUGGUUUGUGAAUUGGGUUAUGGGUUUUAUUUGCCCGGUAGUUAUCCACAUAAAUAUGGGGUUGGUGAUUUCUUGAAUGUUAAGGUUAAUUCAUUGACUUCUAUUGAUACUGAAUUGCCUUAUAGUUAUUAUAGUUUGCCUUUUUGUAAGCCUAAGGAGGGUGUUAAGGAUAGUGCUGAGAAUCUUGGUGAGUUACUUAUGGGUGAUAGGAUUGAGAAUUCUCCUUAUAGGUUUAAGAUGUAUACAAAUGAGACUGAGGUUUUCUUGUGUCAAACUAAACCUUUGUCUAGUGAUGAGUUUAAGCUUUUGAAGGAGAGGAUUGAUGAGAUGUAUCAGGUUAAUUUGAUUCUUGAUAACUUACCUGCUAUUCGGUAUACGAAGAAGGAUAAUUUCUUCUUGCGUUGGACGGGGUAUCCGGUUGGGAUUAAGGUUCAGGAUGCUUAUUAUGUGUUUAAUCAUUUGAAGUUUACGGUUCUUGUUCAUAAAUUUGAGGAGACGAAUGUGGCUCGUGUGAUGGGAACCGGGGAUGGAUCGGAGGUGAUAUCGACGGUUGGAAAUGAAGGGUCUGAUGCACCUGGAUAUAUGGUUGUUGGAUUUGAGGUUGUACCUUGUAGUUUUCAGCAUACGCCUGAUUCGUUGAAGAAUCUUAAAAUGUAUGGUAAGAUUCCAUCUCCAAUUAAGUGUGAUCCAACGACUGUGUCUAUGGCUAUUAAAGAAAAUGAGCCUGUGAGUUUUAGUUAUGAGGUGAAUUUUGUUGAGAGUGAUGUUAAGUGGCCAUCGAGAUGGGAUGCUUAUUUGAAGAUGGAAGGUGCAAAGGUGCAUUGGUUCUCGAUACUCAAUUCCCUUAUGGUGAUCACUUUCUUGGCUGGUAUUGUACUCGUGAUCUUUUUGAGAACAAUCCGGAGGGAUCUUGCGAGGUAUGAUGAACUGGACAAAGAAGCUCAGGCACAGAUGAACGAGGAGUUAUCUGGGUGGAAACUUGUUGUUGGUGAUGUUUUCCGUGCCCCUAGUAAUCCCGGUCUUCUUUGCGCGAUGGUUGGGGAUGGAGUUCAAAUCUUGGGGAUGGCUGUAGUGACUAUUAUGUUUGCUGCCCUCGGAUUCAUGUCCCCAGCAUCUCGAGGAACAUUGAUUACAGGUAUGUUAUUCUUUUACAUGAUUCUUGGUGUUGCAGCUGGCUAUGUUUCCGUUCGUCUUUGGAGGACAAUCUGCUGCGGUGAUCAUAAGGGAUGGGUUUCUGUUGCGUGGAAGGCUGCUUGUUUCUUCCCUGGAAUUGCUUUCCUAAUACUGACCGUAUUGAACUUCUUGUUAUGGGGUAGUGACAGCACAGGGGCCAUUCCCUUUUCGUUGUUUGUCAUUCUCAUUUUACUUUGGUUCUGUAUCUCCGUCCCCCUAACAAUGAUCGGUGGCUACAUUGGGGCAAAGGCACCUCACAUUGAAUAUCCAGUCCGAACCAACCAGAUUCCACGUGAAAUUCCACCACAGAAAUAUCCAUCUUGGCUUUUGGUUCUCGGUGCAGGCACACUUCCUUUUGGUACUCUUUUCAUCGAGCUCUUCUUCAUCAUGUCCAGUCUCUGGAUGGGUCGUGUCUACUACGUCUUCGGCUUCCUCCUCAUCGUUAUGGUCCUCCUUGUCGUCGUUUGUGCUGAGGUGUCUCUUGUCCUAACCUACAUGCAUCUAUGUGUUGAGGACUGGAAAUGGUGGUGGAAGUCAUUCUUUGCUUCCGGCUCAGUCGCUAUAUACAUUUUCCUGUACUCCAUCAACUACCUAAUCUUCGACCUCAAGAGCUUAAGCGGCCCUGUCUCCGCCACCCUUUACCUCGGAUACUCCCUCGUCAUGGUCUUGACUAUCAUGUUUGCAACAGGCACCGUCGGGUUCCUUUCCUCUUUCUGGUUUGUACAUUAUUUGUUCUCAUCAGUGAAGCUGGAUUGAUGAAGUCUCGUCGUCUUGAAGAGCGCCAUCGAAGAGCAGCGGGCAGAUGUCAAAGGCAUAUUCUAUUUUACUUUUAAUGUCAUUUUGUAGGGUAUUUGGAAGAGAAAACAAUGAACUCCUGAAGUUUUGUUAAAUUCUUUUAAAGUAAAGUUUCAUCAUAUUCUUCA